UCACGUCUCCCCGCAAACUGGAUCUUGAGUCUUGAGCCACAUUCCCUCCAUCUUGGAGAGAGUGAAACCUUCGAUUUAUGACACCUCAUCUCUAUCCGAAUGAACAUGGCCACUACGCCGGCGCAAACUCAGACCCUGGAGUCCCAUGCGCUCUCAAGCCCAGCGACAUGGACGCUGCAGCCCGAGCCACGCUCACAAUCUGCGCCCGCGGCUCCCACAGAACCCUGCGAGCAGCUCGACGAAAACAUUGAUUCAAAUAGCCUCGAUCGAGAGACGCUCCUCAAAGUAGCCAGCGCCAGCUUCUCCUUCUUCUGCGCCGGUGUCAACGAUGGCAGCACGGGCGCCAUCAUCCCCCAUGUCAUUCGCGACUACAACGUCAACACAGCCAUCGUGUCGAGCAUCUACGGAGCCACCUUUGCCGGCUGGGUCGUGGCCGCCCUCACCAACACCCACCUUGGCCAGUACCUCGACCUGGGCGCCAUGCUCGCCCUCGGUGCGGUCCUGCAGAUCCUGGCGCAAGCCCUGCGCGCCUGGAUGCCCCCGUUCGGUCUCUACGUGACGACAUUCUUCCUCGUCGCCGUGGGCGCAGCGUACAACGACACACACGCCAACACCUUUGUCGCGACCGUCAAGGGUGCGCAUCGCUGGCUGGCGGUCAUCCACGCCUCAUUCAUGGGCGGUUGCCUCGUCGGACCAUUCGUGGCCACAGCCGUGGCCUCGGCAGGCGAGCAGCGCACGUGGAAUCUCUUCUACAUCUUCCCUGUCGGCAUCUGUCUCGCCAAUCUAGGCUUCAUAGCUUGGGCGUUUCGCGACUCAUUCACUCUGCAUCCGACAAGGCAUCUCCCAGGUGGCACGGACAUCGAAGGAGAAGAAUCUCAGGUGACGCGCGGCAAAGAUGCCACGGCCCUCAUCAGAGCGGCACUGGGCCGCCCUGCUGUCUGGCUUCUCAGCCUCUUCUACUUCUUCUACAUUGGUUCCCAAAUUACGUCCAACGGCUGGGUGGUCGAAUACUUGGUCGAGGUCCGGGGAGGUGAUCUUUCUCGGAUGGGCUAUGUUCCUGCGGGUUUCAAUGGCGGAUGUCUGCUGGGCAGACUGUUGCUCGCCGAACCGACACAUCGCCUAGGCGAGAGGAGGAUGGUCUUUAUUUACUGCGUGCUGGCUGUCGGCUUGCAGAUCUUGUUCUGGAUGGUUCCCAACAUUAUUGCUGCGUCUGUCGCUAUCUCCUUUGUCGGCUUCUUCACUGGACCGCUCUUUGCGACGGGGAUCAACGUGGGCACGAAACUGUUCCCACCAGAGUUACACUCGACUGCCCUCGCUUUCGUGUUUGUGUUUGCCCAGAUGGGCGGCUCGUUCUUCCCCGUCAUCACAGGUGUCAUCGCCUCGAGCAAGGGGGUUGGUACUCUGCAGCCCAUUCUGGUGGCCAUCCUGGCGUGCACGGGCAUCAGCUGGCUGCUCGUCCCCAGCGCCAAGAGGCAAGGAAACGAGGCGGCCUUGCACGAGGAAUGAGAAGUCGACUUCUCGCUGUGAUCGCUUUGCUAGUCUGGGCCUCGAGUAUGGCGAUAGUAGACUGGUUCCGGCAUGCUUCUUCUCUCUAGCAAUGCCUUGCAGACCAGGACCAAGUCUAUACUCAAGCAGGACGCCAGCCAUGUCACCCAUAUGUCGCUUGGUGACCUCCCGCAGAGCGUGCGAGAUGUGCGUUUCACAUAAACGACCAGCCUUGGGAUUGGCAGCACAUAAUCAAACAUAAGUAUUAAGCAUAUUCUUCUCAGUCUUCAAGCAUCACCCCCGCAACUUCACUCCACGUUGAGUGCCACAUCGGCAGAAUCAAACGCACAAUCCACCA